CGAAAGUCAUUUUAGUUCUAGUGGAACCACCAGGAAGUUUGGUUUGAUCGGUCUUCGCCACUGGUUGUGCAAAAUAUAAAUUUAUUCCAAUUUGUUUUAAGAAUUCUGGUGUGACGUGGAUAAAUACUGAUAAGAUGUCUUUGGUUCGUUUAAUUGGCGCUGAGUGCCGUUUGUUGGGUAAGCGCGGUUACAGCAGCUCAUCCCCCGCCACCACCAAAAUGUUCAUCGAUGGAAAAUUUGUGGAGUCGCAAACCAAAGAAUGGAUUGAUUUGCACGAUCCCGCCACCAAUGAGGUCAUCAACCGUGUUCCAAAAUGCACCCAAGCUGAGAUGCAAACGGCUUUGGAGUCUAACAAGAAGGCCUUCAAAUCCUGGAGCCAGCAAUCCGUGCUGUCCCGCCAGCAGGUCAUGUUUAGGUUGCAGGCAUUGAUCAAAGCGAAUAUGGGUGAAUUAGCCAAGAACAUCACUAAGGAACAGGGUAAGACACUGGCUGAUGCCGAGGGUGAUGUGUUACGCGGAUUACAGGUGGUGGAGCAUUCAUGCAGCAUUCCAUCUCUCGCCAUGGGAGAGACUGUUUCUAAUGUAGCACGUGACAUGGAUACCUUCUCGUUAGUCUUGCCUUUGGGUGUCACCGCCGGUAUUGCGCCCUUCAACUUCCCUGCCAUGAUCCCACUUUGGAUGUUUCCUGUCGCCAUUACCUGCGGCAACACAAUGCUUCUGAAACCGUCGGAGCGUGUCCCUGGAUCGACUAUGAUAUUAAUGGAGCUGUUAAAUGAAGCUGGCUGCCCACCCGGUGUCGUUAACGUAAUUCAUGGCCAACACGAUGCUGUCAACUUCAUCUGCGAUGCGCCUGAGAUCAAAGCUGUGUCCUUUGUAGGAUCUGACGCUGCAGGAAAGUAUAUUUACGAACGCGCUGGCAAAAAUGGUAAGCGUGUGCAGAGCAACAUGGGCGCCAAGAACCAUGGUGUCAUCAUGGCUGAUGCAAACAAAGAAAAUACCUUGAACCAAUUAGCCGGUGCCGCAUUCGGCGCUGCAGGUCAACGUUGCAUGGCCCUUUCCACUGCGGUGUUUGUCGGUGAAGCACAGAAGUGGAUUCCAGACUUGGUAGAGCGUGCCAAAAAGCUGAAGGUGAACGCCGGACACGUGCCUGGAACUGAUGUAGGACCAGUAAUCAGCGAACAAUCGAAAAAACGUAUUCACGAUCUGAUUGAGUCUGGUAUAAAGGAGGGCGCUAAGCUUAUUCUCGACGGACGCGACGUUAAGGUACCUGGCUAUGAGGAUGGCUACUUUGUCGGCCCUACCAUUCUUACUGAUGUCACACCCGAUAUGCAGUGCUACAAAGAGGAAAUUUUUGGACCCGUUCUUGUUAUUUUGAAUGUCGAUACUCUGAAUGAAGCCAUUCAAACAGUCAAUACGAACCCUUACGGCAACGGCACCGCGAUUUUCACCACAAAUGGUGCCACCGCACGCAAAUUCAUUAACGAGAUCGAUGUCGGACAAGUGGGUGUGAAUGUUCCUAUUCCUGUGCCAUUGCCCAUGUUCUCCUUUACUGGCACACGUGGCUCCUUCCGCGGCGACCACCACUUCUACGGUAAAAUGGGCAUCAAAUUCUACACGCAAACCAAGACUGUGACACAACUGUGGCGCGAAACGGACGUGACACACACGCAGGCGGCCGUGGCUAUGCCAACAAUGAAAUAGACUUUACUAGAUGCUGUGCACUAACUAAACUGAUAGCCUGAUUGCGUUAGCCUUCCGCUAAAACGUGUCUUAGGGAUGAAAAACGAUACAGAAAUGGGAAGUGUGCCUACAUAAAUAUAUUUUUGUACGCCCAGAAUUUUCAUACAAAUCCAUGAAAGAAAUUGUUGCAUUUAUUUUUGUUUAUUUUAAGAAUGUAAAUCUGUUUGUUUCUAGUAAUAAUAAUUAUUAAUAAAAAGAAUAUGAGUGAAUCAAGAACUAUAAAUGAAAAAAUCAAGAAGAUUAUGCAUGUACCUGUAAGUGUAAUAAAAGCAGGAAUACUAUUAA